CCUGUCACAGGCAGGAGGCACAAGAAGCUCAACCUCACCAGGAUCCACAGCAGGAAGGGAGAGCCAAAGGAUGAAGCUUUUCGUGGGCGUCCUAUUGUGCUCCCUGGUCCUGGGCGUCAGCAGCCAGGGAUGGUUCACAUUCCUCAAGGAGGCUGGGCAAGGGGCUAAAGACAUGUGGAGAGCCUACUCUGACAUGAGAGAAGCCAAUUACAAAGAUUCAGACAAAUACUUCCACGCCCGGGGGAACUAUGAUGCCGCACAGAGGGGACCUGGGGGCGCUUGGGCGGCAAAAGUGAUCAGCGACGCCAGAGAGAAUACGCAGAGGUUCACAGACUUUUUAAGGCAUGGAAACAGCGGCCACGGAGCAGAGGACUCGAAGGCUGACCAGGCUGCCAAUGAAUGGGGCCGGAGCGGCAAAGACCCCAACCACUUCCGACCUGCUGGCCUGCCUUACAAGUAUUGAGCCUCCUCUUUGGCUGCACUCAGCACAGGGACUGGGAGGCCCCUGAGGGCAGGAAUAGUUGCUGAGUUUGAAUUACUGAAUUCUCUAUUCCCUCUUAUAUGAUACUUUAUUAAAAGCACGUAAAAGCAUUAAUAAAUUCUUGUGAAAUCCAUUUUGUCAUUGCAGUAAAAGUAUAUGUCUAUCAUAGGGACCAUACAAUAUAGACUAUAUAUGGACCAUACAGGUCAGGCCCUGGAUAGAGAGAUCUAAACCCUUGUUCUCAACAGGAUAGUGCUACCACCACCCCCUCCUCACCCUAGCUCUCAGGUAUAUCUGGGGAUUCUUUUGCUUGACAUGUGAUUGGAAGGCAUUUGGUGGCUGGGCCAGAGGUAUAGGCAGUUUAGGAUGUAUAGAACAGUGCUGCAAACUGGGAGUCAUCCUGAAUCUUGCUUGACUUUUGUAGUGUUCUAUCAGACGUAUGUAGACAGAAUCACAUUUACUGUGUAGCUGAUGAAGCUUCAGUUUCAAGAGCUCUUCACUUAUACAGAACCAUUCCAAGACCCUCGGAGGGGCCCUUGGAAGGGAUUCAUAUGGUCACUUAUCUUUGUAAAACCUGCAGAAGUAAAAUCUUUUAGCUAGAGCGGUUAAUGCGUCUGUGCUCCUGGCAGGAUUCCACCAUCACUUUUCUGCUUGUGUUGAGUGGCACUGUGAUGGGCUCAGGCAUUUUGGGGAUCUGACUGAGGAGAAGUUGAAUUGGGAAUAGAAUUGGUUUGCAUUUAGUGAGACAGAUUUAUGUGGUUUUUUAAAAA